CUUCCGCCGCCCGGAGCCGCGGCCCUCCCGCUGUGGCAGCGCGCGCUGGUGGCGGGGGCGGGCGCGGGGGCGGCGGCGGGCGCGUGGCUGUGGCUGCGGCAGCGGCGGGAGCGGGAGCGGCAGCGGCGGCGCCGGGAGGCGCUGCGGGAGCUGGCGCUGGCCCAGGGCGACUUCGCGCUGCGGGACCAGAGCGGGGCCGCCCGCGCCAAGAGCGACUUCCGCGGGCAGUGGGUGUUGCUCUACUUCGGGUUCACGCACUGCCCCGACGUGUGCCCCGCCGCGCUGGAGCGCCUCAGCCGCGCCGUGGCCGCGCUGGAGCGGGACCCGGCGCUGCCGCCGCUGCAGCCGCUCUUCGUCACCGUGGACCCCGAGCGCGACGACGAGGCGGCGCUGCAGCGGUACCUGCGCGACUUCCACCCGCGCCUGCUGGGGCUGACCGGCACCGCCGAGGAGGUGCGCGCCGCCGCCGCCGCCUUCCGCGUGUACGCCAGCGCCGGGCCCCGCGACGCCGACGGGGACUACAUCGUGGACCACAGCGUCCUCAUCUACCUCCUGGGCCCCGACGGGCUCUUCCUCGACUGCUACGGCAGCAGCAAGAGCGCCGAGGAGCUGGAGCGCAGCGUGCGCAGGCACAUGCACACCUACCAGCCCCUGCAAUAAAGCGCCUGCAGCAC